GCGUGUGCCGUGCUCGCUCACAGAACUACACUUCCCAGCUUUCCUCGAGAGGCCCGUGACACUCCUUGCACCGCGAGCGCAGAGCAGGGUUUCGACAGCUGCGCCCCACUUUCUCGGAUCUGGCCCUGGACCCAGCCCCCGGCUCCGACACGGCUCCACCAUGGAGGAGGCGGACCGAAUCCUCAUCCAUUCCCUGCGCCAGGCCGGCACGGCAGUUCCUCCAGAUGUGCAGACCUUGCGAGCCUUUACCACUGAGCUGGUUGUAGAGGCUGUGGUCCGCUGUGUGCGUGUGAUCAACCCUGCUGUGGGCUCUGGCCUCAGCCCCCUGCUGCCUCUCGCCAUGUCUGCCCGGUUCCGCCUGGCCAUGAGCCUGGCUCAGGCCUGCAUGGACCUGGGCUAUCCCUUGGAGCUUGGCUAUCAGAACUUCCUCUACCCCAGUGAGCCUGACCUCCGGGACCUGCUUCUCUUCUUGGCUGAGCGUCUGCCCACAGAUGCCUCUGAGGAUGCAGACCAGCCUGCAGGUGACUCAGCUAUUCUCCUCCGCACCAUUGGAAGCCAAAUCCGGGACCAGCUAGCCCUGCCCUGGGUCCCGCCCCUUCUUCGUACCCCCAAGCUGCAGUAUCUGCAGGGCUUGGCCCUCCAGAAGCCUUUCCAUGCCAGCAGGCUGCUCGUGCCUGAGUUGAGUUCCAGAGGAGAGCCACGGGAGUUCCAGGCGAGUCCCCUGUUGCUACCAGCCCCUGCCCAGGUGCCAGAGCCUGUGGGGAGGGCAGCCUCACUUCUUCAGCACCAUGCCAUCCAGCUCUGCCAGCAGACGGGCCGGGGCCGCCCAGGGGAUGAAGACUGGGUCCGCCGAGCACCCCGCCUCCCGUCCCAGGAUGAUACACGGGCUCGGCGGCAGCGGCUGCAGAAGCACCUGGCUGAGCAUCUGCGCCAAAGCUGGGACCCUCUUGGGGACCCCACACAAGCCCGAGACCUGGGAGAGCUACUGCAGGCCUGGAGUGCUGGGGCUAGGACUGGUGCUCCCAAGGGCUCCCGCUUCACACAUUCAGAGAAGUUUACCUUCCAUCUGGAGCCCCAGGCUCAGGCUGCCCAGGCGUCAGAUGUGCCAGCCACCCCCCGGCGGCCUGAACAGGACACGUGGGUAGCUCAGGAACAGGAGCUAGAAUCCCUUCGGGAGCAGCUGGAGGGAGUGAAUCGUAACAUAGAAGAGGUUGAAACCGACAUGAAGACACUGGGAAUCAGCUUUGUGCAGGUGGAAAGCGAAUGUCGGCAGAGCGAGCUCAGCACGGCCGAGCGUGAGCAGGCUCUGCGCCUGAAGAGCCGCGCGGUGGAGCUGUUGCCUGAUGGGGCUGCCAACCUUGCCAAGCUGCAGCUCGUGGUAGAGAGUAGCGCCCAACGGGUCAUCCACUUGGCGGGUCAGUGGGAAAAACACCGGGUCCCGCUCCUUGCUGAAUACCGCCACCUCCGAAAGCUCCAGGAUUGCAGAGAGCUGGAAUCGUCUCGACGGCUGGCAGAAAUCCAGGAGCUGCACCAAAGUGUUCGGGCAGCUGCUGAAGAGACCCGCAGGAAGGAGGAAGUGUAUAAGCAGCUGGUAUCAGAGUUGGAGACUCUGCCCAGAGAUGUGUCCCGGCUGGCCUAUACCCAGCGCAUCCUGGAGAUCGUGGGCAACAUCCGGAAGCAGAAGGAAGAGAUCACCAAGAUCUUGUCUGACACGAAGGAGCUUCAGAAGGAAAUCAACUCCCUCUCUGGGAAGCUGGACCGGACAUUUGCGGUGACUGAUGAGCUGGUGUUCAAGGAUGCCAAGAAGGAUGAUGCUGUUCGGAAGGCCUACAAGUAUCUAGCUGCCCUGCAUGAGAACUGCAGCCAGCUCAUCCAGACCAUUGAGGACACAGGCACUAUCAUGCGGGAGGUCCGAGACCUUGAGGAGCAGAUCGAGACGGAGAUGGGUAAGAAGACCCUCAGCAACCUGGAGAAGAUCCGUGAGGACUACCGAGCCCUUCGCCAAGAGAACGCUGGUCUCCUGGGCCGGGUCCGGGAGGCCUGAGAAGGCCCCUGUGGAGGUCUCGCCCCAGCCUCAGGCAGGGAUUUGGGGUAUUGAAGGAGGUGGCCAAGCGCUCGCCCUAGCUGUUCCUUCUGCUCUCCAGUCCCUCCUGCUGUGGCCUUGGAUCCAGACCCCUGCCCACCUGACCCUGGCCCUUAUCUGGGAUGAUUGUUCAGCUUGUGGGAGCUCGGCUGCAGUUUAUUAGGGAGGGUACUGGGGAUUGGGGGCCUUGGUCCCAAAUAAAAGAGGAGCUCUUCUGCAGUCUAA